UCUAGCGCGCACCCGGCAGCUGGGAGCUGUGGUUUCUGGGCCCCCCGGGAACCCCGACACAAACCAGCAUAAAGCGCGCGUGCCCGUCUUAAGCUGGUGUUCGGUGGGUGGCGAAUGCGUGCCCGUGACCUGCGGGGGCUUUAGAAGAGCCCCGGACCUUGGUGCAGAGCGGUUCAAGAGGCUUAGAGAACCAGCCUAGAGUUCACAUUUGCUAACCAAGAAAACUUGAAAAUGAGUAGCCGGAGGAAACGUGCUCCUCCAGUGAGAGUUGAUGAGGAAAAACAACAGCAGCUUCAUUGGAAUAUGCAUGAAGACAGAAGAAAUGAACCUCUCACCCUAACUGAUGAUGAGAACCCCUGCUCUGGUUCAGAUUUCUCUUCUGCUCACUGCAUCAUCCUAGGUGAUAGUCUAAAGGAAGAAGUGGCUCACAAAGAUAAAAAGAGGUGUUCGGAGGCAGUGAGCAUCUCAAAAUCAAACGAUAAAGAAGAGACUUGUGGCACUUUUUCUCCUUUGUCUAUAAAGCUGAAUAUCGUGAUUUCUCCCUAUCACUUCGAUAAUUCUUGGAAGGCAUUUCUGGGAGAAUUAACUCUUCAGCUUCUUCCUGAACAGAGUUUAAUUGAACAUUUUUCUGAAAAGAGUUUUACUCUGAUGAGUUCAGAGUCAAGCGAUCAUUUCCUGAUCUAUGUUAAUUCAGAAUGUGAAGAUGUAGAGAAGCAAGAAAAAGGACUCAAUGAGCCAAUUGGUACUUGUGACAAGGGUAUUCGAGUGGAAUCAUCUUUCAGUGGUGAAAUAUUAGAAGAUUUGGGGUGGCUACAAAAGAAGAAAAGAAUAAAACUUUACCAAAAAUCAGAAGGAAAUCACAUGAUCAAGGUUGGAAUUUAUCUUUUGGAAGGUGGUCUAGCGAAACUAGACUUUUUGAGUGAUGCAAAUUCAAGAAUGAAGAAAUUCAAUCAACUUAUGAAAAGAGUGAUGGAAAAGUUAUACAAUUUUGUUAUUCCAGACGUGUUGGAAGAGGAUGAGGAAGAGUCAGAGAGUGAGCCAGAGGGACAGGAGAUUGAUGAACUCUAUCAGUUUGUGAAGCAAACACAUCAGCAAGAAACACAGUCCAUCCAAGUGGAUGUCCAGCAUCCUGCCUUGAUUCCUGUGUUGAGACCAUACCAGAGAGAGGCUGUCAAUUGGAUGCUACAACAAGAGCAUUUCAGAAGUGCUCCUACUAAUGAAAAUGCCUUGCACUUCUUAUGGCGUGAGAUUGUUACACCUGAGGAUUUGAAACUCUACUACAAUCCAUAUACAGGCUGCAUCAUCCGUGAUUACCCAAAUGCUGGGCCACAGUUGCUUGGUGGAAUCUUAGCAGAUGAGAUGGGUCUCGGAAAGACAGUGGAGGUUUUGGCUCUGAUUCUGACACAUACUCGACAAGAUGUCAAACAAGAUGCUCUCACUCUUCCUGAGGGAAAAGUGGUGAAUUAUUUCAUUCCAUCACAUUAUUCUGGAGGAAAAGUAAAAAACACAGAAACCCAGAAUAUGGAAUUUGAACCAAAAGAAAAAGUUCAGUGCCCCCCUACACGUGUGAUGAUCCUGACAGCUGUGAAAGAAAUGAAUGGAAAAAAAGGAGUUUCCAUCCUUUCCAUCUAUAAAUAUGUCAGUUCUAUAUAUAGAUAUGAUGUUCAGCGGAACAGGAGUCUUCUGAAACGGAUGCUGAAAUGUUUAAUUUUUGAAGGUCUUGUGAAACAGAUCAAAGGCCAUGGUUUUUCUGGAACUUUUACAUUGGGGAAGAAUUACAAGGAAGAGGAUAUAUAUGAUAAAACAAAAAAGCAGGCAGUAGGGAGUCCAAGGAAAAUUCAGAAAGAAUCCAGAAAAUCAGGGAGCAAAGACACAGAUUCUGAAUACUUGCCGUCAAACACAUCUGAUGAUGAUGAUGAUCCUUACUAUUAUUAUUAUAAGGCUCGGAGAAAUCGUAGUAAAUUCAGGAAAAAGCCUGUUACAUCCACAAAAAAGGGAAAAGGUCAGCCUAACAUCAGUCUCAGUUCACAAGAUCACUAUCCAGCUACCAAUGAAUCUGGAAUUACUGAUGUUGCCACAUCUAAAAGUGCAUGUAUCUUUGAAGGCAAGCAAGAACAUGCAGCUGAGGACCAAGCUGAAUCUCUAAACCCUGCUGAUGGUGAUGUGCCGCAAUCUACUAUCUUGAGUCCCUGUAAUUCCUCUGAUUAUCGCUUUGAAUGCAUAUGUGGUGAACUUGACCAGGCAGACCGUAAACCUCGUGUUCAGUGCCUGAAAUGCCACCUGUGGCAACAUGCAAAAUGUGUGAAUUAUGAAGAGAAGAAUCUGAAGAUUAAACCUUUUUACUGUCCCCACUGUCUUGUUGCAAUGGAGCCAGUAUCAACAAGAGCAACUCUGAUCAUCUCACCCAGUUCCAUCUGUCAUCAGUGGGUGGAUGAAAUCAACAGGCAUGUGAGGUCAUCAUCUCUUCGAGUCUUGGUAUACCAAGGAGUGAAGAAAGAUGGUUUUUUACAACCUCAUUUUUUGGCUGAACAGGAUAUAGUUAUCAUUACCUAUGAUGUCCUUCGUUCAGAACUAAACUAUGUAGAUAUCCCACACAGCAAUAGUGAGGAUGGACGUCGCUUACGGAACCAGAAGCGCUAUAUGGCCAUUCCCAGCCCCCUAGUAGCUGUGGAGUGGUGGAGGAUCUGCCUUGAUGAAGCCCAGAUGGUUGAAUGUCCUGCUGUGAAAGCUGCAGAAAUGGCUCAGCGCUUGAGUGGGAUUAAUCGCUGGUGCAUCAGUGGCACUCCAGUGCAAAGAGGAUUGGAGGAUCUUUUUGGGUUGGUGGUCUUUCUUGGUAUUGAACCUUACUGUGUCAAACACUGGUGGGUUCGACUUCUUUAUCGCCCUUACUGCAAGAAGAAUCCUCAGCAUCUCUACAGCUUUAUUGCCAAGAUACUAUGGAGGUCUGCAAAGAAGGAUGUGAUUGACCAAAUCCAGAUACCCCCUCAGACAGAAGAAAUCCACUGGCUUCACUUUUCUCCAGUGGAAAGACAUUUCUAUCACCGUCAGCAUGAAGUGUGCUGCCAAGAUGCUGUAGUAAAACUCAGGAAGAUUUCAGACUGGGCGCUGAAGCUCAGCAGCCUGGACAGAAGGACUGUCACCUCUAUCCUGUAUCCAUUGCUGAGACUCAGGCAGGCCUGCUGUCACCCACAGGCUGUUCGUGGGGAGUUCUUGCCACUCCAGAAAAGCACCAUGACAAUGGAAGAGCUGCUGACAUCUCUGCAGAAGAAAUGUGGAACUGAAUGUGAAGAAGCACAUCGGCAACUAGUUUGUGCUCUCAAUGGCUUAGCCGGCAUCCACAUCAUUAAAGGUGAGUAUGCCUUGGCAGCAGAACUGUACAGAGAAGUGUUGCGUUCAUCUGAGGAACACAAAGGAAAACUCAAAACAGAUUCACUCCAAAGACUACAUGCUACCCAUAACUUGAUGGAAUUGUUGGUAGCCAAGCACCCAGGAAUACCUCCUACCUUACGAGAUGGCAGACUUGAGGAAGAGGCUAAACAACUGCGAGAGCAUUAUAUGAGCAAGUGUAAUACAGAAGUCGCUGAAGCUCAGCAAGCUUUACAGCCCGUGCAGCAGACCAUAAAGGAGCUCCAGAGAAAGAUUUAUUCUAAUUCUCCUUGGUGGCUGAAUGUGAUCCACAGAGCAAUAGAAUUUGCUAUUGAUGAGGAACUUGCUCAGCGAGUGCGAAAUGAAAUAACAAGCAACUACAAGCAACAAAUUGGCAAGCUUUCUAUGUCAGAGAAGUUCCACGACUGCAGAGGUCUUCAGUUCUUACUUACAACACAAAUGGAAGAGCUAAAUAAAUUCCAGAAGCUAGUAAGAGAGGCUGUAAAAAACCUGGAGGGACCUCCAUCUCGUAAUGUUAUUGAAUCGGCGACAAUCUGCCACCUCCGACCAACCAGACUUCCUCUCAACUGCUGUGUCUUUUGUAAGGCUGAUGAAUUGUUCACAGAAUAUGAAUCAAAGCUGUUUUCCCACACAGUCAAAGGCCAGACUGCAAUAUUUGAGGAGAUGAUAGAGGAUGAAGAAGGAUUGGUGGAUGAUCGAAUACCCACCACAAGCCGGGGUCUGUGGGCAAUAAGUGAAACAGAGCGGUCUCUGAAAGCAUUGCUCUCAUUUGCAAAAUCACAUAGAUUUGAUGUUGAAUUCAUUGAUGAAGGAAGUACUUCAAUGGACCUUUUUGAAGCAUGGAAAAAGGAAUAUAAGUUACUUCAUGAAUAUUGGAUGGCUCUGAGGAAUCGCGUGUCUGCUAUUGAUGAACUUGCAAUGGCUACAGAACGACUAAGAGUGCGUCAUCCUAGGGAGCCAAAGCCCAACCCACCCGUUCUUCAUAUCAUUGAACCACAUGAGGUAGAACAAAAUCGUAUAAAACUACUAAAUGAUAAAGCCGUUGCUACUUCACAGCUUCAGAAAAAACUUGGGCAGCUUCUUUACCUAACUAACUUGGAGAAGUCUCAAGAUAAAACAUCAGGAGGCAUUAAUCCAGAACCUUGUCCAAUCUGUGCUCGGCAGCUGGGAAAACAGUGGGCAGUACUGACCUGUGGACACUGUUUCUGUAAUGAAUGCAUUUCAAUUAUAAUUGAACAGUACAGCGUGGGGUCUCACAGAAGUUCCAUUAAGUGUGCCAUCUGCCGCCAGACCACAUCUCACAAAGAAAUCUCAUAUGUCUUCACCUCAGAGAAAGCCAGCCAGGAAGAAGACAUCCCUGUGAAGGGCAGCCAUUCUACAAAAGUGGAAGCUGUGGUCAGAACUCUGAUGAGAAUCCAACUUAGAGACCCAGGGGCUAAAGCACUCGUCUUCUCAACGUGGCAAGAUGUAUUAGAUAUUAUUUCAAAAGCCCUCACUGACAACAACAUGGAAUUUGCUCAAAUCAGUCGUGUUAAGACAUUUCAGGAGAACCUUUCAGCAUUUAAACAUGAUCCCCAAAUCAAUAUCUUGCUGCUGCCCCUGCACACAGGUUCUAAUGGAUUAACUAUCAUUGAAGCAACUCAUGUUCUCUUGGUGGAGCCCAUCUUGAACCCUGCCCAUGAGCUUCAGGCCAUUGGGAGGGUGCACCGGAUUGGACAAACAAAACCUACUAUUGUACACAGAUUCUUAAUUAAAGCAACAAUAGAAGAAAGAAUGCAGGCAAUGCUGAAAACUGCUGAGAAGAGUCACACGAGCUCAUCGGUGAAGCAUCCCGAAGCUUCCGUCUUAACCUUGGCUGAUCUGGCAGAUCUGUUUACCAAAGAAACUGAAGAACUUGAAUGAAGUACACUUGAUUCAAUCCAGAGACUUUACUGUAGUUAAGUUUUUCAUUGCUUAUAGAGAAGGUUACAAGUAAAAAAUCCAGUAGAUGUCAGUAAAUACUGUUCUUCAUUGAAUGAAUUUCUUUUUUUAGUUGUAUGGUGUCCUAGUAGUUACUGAGUCCUUUCCAAUUAUCUUGUUUCCAAAAGAUCUAUAAAGAUUUUUGAUCUUACACUCCUAAUACAACAUUUAUUUUUGUCCCAAAGAAUAACUACAUCUGAUGAUGCAAGGGAAUUAAGAGAGGUAAUGUGUACUUUUCUUUUGAUAAGAUCAGUCUUAAAAAGAAUUGGAGUAAGGGAGAGAAUAAACUGGUCUAAUUUUAUAUGACCUAGUAUAUUUGACCCACAUAAAUCUCGUUUUGGAAGGGCCUUCAGUAUCUUUAGUACAUGAUUCACCAAUAUCUUGGUAGUAAUAUUUUAAGUAGAUGGCAAAUUAUAUUAACUUCUAGUUAUUUGAGUAGCUUUAGACUAUACCUCCAUGCAUAGUGGCUUUACAGUAAUAAUAUUCCUAACAAUAAGUUAACAUUAGGCAAGUUUUUCUUUUCUCUGUAUGUUGCUACUAAAAAUUGAAACAUUGAACACUUUUCUUAUUUCUAUGAUGUGUUAAGCAGUGUCAGUGUAUGCAGUGAACUUUAAAUAGCAUUUUAAGUGUAUUCAUGUUUAUCAUAAAAUUAUCUAAACUGCUUUUUCUAUUUUUAAUUUUCCUUGUUUUUACAUAUUUCAAGAUUGAUAUAUCUGUAAAUAUUGCAGUUUUUAUCAUUUUAUCUCUUAAUCAUAACAUGGAAGUAUGGCCAGGUUUUGUGUUUUGGUUUUUUGUUUUUUGUUUUUUUUUUUUUCAUUAUUAUAUUGAUGUCUUGGAUUCUUUUCCUUUCCUGUGUUGUUGGGAAACUAGACUUUUAACCACUAGUAUCUAAAUUUGUGAUAAUUUGUUAUUUUAUUUUACUAGGACUUCUCUCAAGGACUAGUAUUUGAUCUUUGGAACAAGAGAAUGUCGUAUUUACAUAAGCAAAUAAUUGCAGCUGAUAACUGAGUGUUUCUUCUUCUGUGAAGAAUUAAUGGACUUUGAAAUCACUAAAUAAGGAGUAGGUUAUUUUAUCCUAGACAUUUGAUGUAACACAACUAUUCUUGUUUCAUUUUCUUUGAGCCUCCAGAGUUUUAAAUGACCCUCAGGACUCAUUAGCUCCUAUUUAGCUGCCCAGAAAACUGUAAUAGAAAUAUCCCUUAUAUCACAUUUGUCCAAGAAGCUUUGGUGCUUAGUUAAGGUGCAUUUUCUUAUUCUAGGUUUAUAGGGUGACAUAAUUCCACUGAAGAAAACACACACACGUUUUUGGUGCUUAUUCUUCAGUUGAAGGAAGAUAUGCAUUGAUUCUUUUAUAUGAAAUUAAACAAGACUAUUAUUUUUGUAGCUCUUUACAUAUUAUAAAGAGCUUUCCUGUACAUUCACAUUCAGCUUUAAUUUGCCCAACAGUCCUGUGAAGUUGGAAUAACUAAUAUCAUUCCUCUUAUAAAGGUAGAGAACCAAGGUUCAGAAAUACAGAGAACCAUGCUUGUGACACGUAGCAAGGCAACAGUGGAGCCCAGAUGCCCUAACUCCCAAUCUCAUGGUCUUUCUCUAAAUCUUCUGUCAUGCUGAGAUUCAAAAGGUCCAUGGUUAUAAUUUGAUGAUCAGCAUAUUUCAGUAUUUCUGUUUGUUUCCUAGUAUUCCUUUUUGAGCUAAAGUUUUAGGGAAAACAAUUUGAUAUGCUUUGAUUUUGUAAAAAAAAAAAAAGAAAAGAAAAGAAAAGAAAAAAAUAUAUAAAUACACCUAUCUGUAUUAGAGAAAAACUGUUCUUAUUUAUUUCUGUAAGAUAUCAUUAAAUAAAUAUUUUAGUGGAAAUUGAAAUUUGGGGAUUUAUUAAUUUCUGAGCUAUACAACAUUCAGUAUAUUUUCUUGUUUUUUGUUUUGGUCUCUUAACAAAAGAUGUCAAAAUUGUUUUUACUAUAGAAUUCCAUAUUUUAUAGACAUUUAUCAUUUGUUCAAAACAGUCACAGCAUUUCUCCCAGAAAGUUGGUCAAAACAAAUACAGAUCUAAUCCCCACAUCUUCUUGGCUGCAAAUGAAGGACUUUUCUGUUUCCUUCUUCCAUCAUUUUAUAUUUUCUGAACUAUUACUGUGCUCAUAAAUAGUUGUUCUGAAGUGGGUGCUGUUCUAAUGAACCAGUGAGGAAAAAAAAGAUCGUGCCAAUCCUUAAAGAGCUUAAAUGUAUUUGGCUCUGGGGAAGUAUUCUCCAUUACAUGAAUCCGAGUCAGCUUAUUAGGACUGAAAAGAUGAGUUGUAUACAGUGUAAAAUACAUGUGCCUAAUUCCAUAUUCCUUUGCUUCAAACCAGAUAACUUUACUGUUUAUUGCAGCUUCAGCUUUUCUCGUGGUCUUUAUUGUGGCAGAAUGAUCCAUGUGUUUGGCUUUUUAGGGAUUCAUCCUUUUCAUGUCCUCUUAAUAACGAACUAAAAAACUAUCGACAUGGUAAUUCAAGAUGUGACCACAAAUGCUUUAUGAAUAAUUACAAACUCAUAAUUUGAUAAAUAUUCAGGAAUGGAAUUGAGCCAUACAAGAUUAGUCAUCAACUUAAAAUGCCCUUUCAAGUAGACAAAGAAACAAAUUGUCUUUUAAAUCUUCUCCUGCUCUCAUUUACUAGAUUUAGUAAAUUGAAAUUUUAGUGUGCUUGAAUUCUUUAUUAAACUACAGAAUAACCUUUUGAAAUGCAAAAAUCACCUAUGCUAAAAUGAGAUCAGGCUUAGUUAAAUUAAAUAAAAAGUAUCUUGGGGGGGGCACCUGGCUGGCUCAGUGGGUAGAACACGUGACUCUUAAUCUUAGGGUCAUGAGUUCAAGCCCUAUGUUGGACAUGGAGCUUACUUUAAAAAAGGUAUCUUUCAGUUUUUCUAGAAUUUAAACAAAAUCCCCCCAAUAACGUCAUUUCAUGAUCUUUAACUGGCAUGCCAAUAUAAAAAUGAAAUAUCAUUAAAACAGUACAGUGCAAGCAAUGUAUUUUGAGCCUGUCUACUCUGAUAAGGGAAAUCUAAUCUUUAAUAAUAUUUCUUCAAAACGGGACCAAUUAACUAUAUUUUAUAAAAUGUAUGAGAAUCUCCAUGUAUCUCUGUUAUAUUGUGAAACCCACAAGAAUGCUAUCUCCUUAAGGUUAAAUAGGAACCACUCCCAAGCCUUCCUUUAGAGGAGGAGCCUGCAGGGUAAUUGACAACCCAAGGAGCAUUCCAAGUCUCAGGACAGGUAUAAGGUGUUGCAUCUGAAUUCUAGAAAGCGCAAUGUCACAGACAGAAAAUAGCACGAGAACCUGUCUUCCCUUACCUUCAGCCAGCCUUUCCAGGACACACAUACCUUGUCUUUGAAGGUCCCAUACCAUCCCUCAUAUUCUUUUCCAUUAUUUAGUAUCAGUGACUUAAGACUGAUUGUGCUUGUUGAAACUGACCUUCAUUAUAUGGAAACUGAAUCCUUUGUACUGCAACUUAUGUAUGCAACUUCUUACAAACCAGAAAUAAAAUUUAGCCUCCUCUAUCUGUAUGA